GAGAUACAUGGCUACAGCAUCAUCAUCUUUUCUAAUUCUUAUCAUCGCCUGCUGCUGCUCCGUACACCCAUUCGUCGCAUCAUCAUCCCCUGCUGCAGUUCGGGCAGUGAAUCUGGGAGGUUGGCUUGUCACUGAAGGAUGGAUCAAACCUUCACUCUUUCACGCCAUUCCCAACAAUGACCUUCUCGAUGGCACAAAAAUUCAGUUGAAGUCCGUGACCAUCGGGAAGUAUGUCAGCGCCGAGUCCGGCGGAGGAACCAUCUUGGUUGCCAACAGAACAGCCGCUUCUGGCUGGGAAACUUUUCGAUUGUGGAGGAUCAACGAGACAACCUUCAACUUAAGGGUGUUCAAUAACCAAUUCGUGGGAUUGGACAAAAGCAACAAGGGUGGAGUAGACAUUGUGGCCGUACAGAAUUCAACCGGAAUAUCACUAUCAGAGACCUUUCACAUUUUAAGGAGCCCUCUUGAUCCCACCCGAGUUCGUAUCAAGGCAUCCAAUGGAUUUUUCUUACAGGCCAAAACAGCAGAUCAUGUUAGCGCGGACUAUAAAGCUGCGGGGGAAGAGGAUUGGGGUGACGAGAAUCCCUCACUUUUUAUCAUGACAAAUAGUGUAGAUUUACGAGGAGAGUUUCAAAUUACAAAUGGUUACGGACCACUACAUGCUCCAAAAGUUAUGCAGGAACACUGGGAAACAUUCAUAGUGGAAAAUGAUUUCGAGUUUAUAUCAAACAAUGGACUGAAUGCUGUGAGGAUUCCAGUUGGUUGGUGGAUCGCGAGCGACCCAACCCCUCCAAAGCCCUUUGUUGGAGGAUCCUUAAAGGCGUUAGACAAUGCCUUCUUAUGGGCUUUGAAAUACGAGGUGAAGGUUAUAAUUGAUCUUCAUGCUGCCCCAGGAUCUCAAAAUGGUUGGGAGCAUAGCGCCACCAGAGAUGGCUCACUCGAAUGGGGAAAAACUCAGGACAACAUUCGAAAUACAGUAGCCGUCAUUAAUUUCCUAACCGCUAGGUAUGCGAAGAACCCAAGUCUGUAUGCGGUUGAGCUCAUCAACGAGCCCCUUGCACCAGGCGUCUCACUAAACACGUUGACCCAGUACUACAAAGCUGGUUAUGAGGCAAUUCGAGAUCACUCUCGCACGGUGCACGUCAUACUGUCCAAUCGGCUUGGGCCUAUGGACCCGACAGAGCUCUUCCAGGCCGCUAGUGCAAUGAACGAGACCGUUAUCGAUGUCCAUUACUACAGUCUCUUCAGUGACAUUUUCACCAACAUGACUGUCCAGCAAAACAUUAAUUUUGUUUCCAACAACCGAUCGAGGGAUCUGGGCCUUGUGACCACAUCAAAUGGGCCUCUCAGUUUUGUCGGGGAAUGGGUUGCGGAAUGGAGUGUUACAAAUGCAACUAAGGUGGACUAUCAGAGAUUUGUUGUGGCCCAGUUGAAGGUAUUUGGUCGUGCGUCUUUUGGGUGGGCCUAUUGGACACUCAAGAACGUCAAUGUUCAUUGGAGCUUGGAGUGGAUGAUCAAGAACGGAUAUAUCAACCUCUUAAAUCUUUGAUUUCUUUUCGAGAAGAUUACUUACCUGCAAUAUUGAAUGGAAGUCUGAAAUAUUGCAUCUCUAAUCUAUCUUCUUAAUUAUUCCCCGUUCUAGGCAUAUAGUUAGUCAUUUCUAUGAUUUCCCUAUGACUCUAUGCAUCCGCUAAAUACAUAAAUAAAGAAGAAUAUUAAUCGAA